AUGCAUAGCAUUAAGCCGCUCCUUCUCCGUCUGUACGCUCCUUCUUCACCUUUCCGCUCGUUCCUCCAAUAUCGGACUUGGGCUGCAUCACCCAGCGCUCGCAGGUCGAGCUCAUCACCGACAUUUGUCCUGCCACUGUCACGACCAUUCAGCAACAUGCCCACCUCUCACAAGCUCGCCAAACCGGACAAGCUCAGUUACGACGACCCCGAGCAUGCAGACUUCUUCGGCCCUCGACCACCGCCCGGCUACUCUUCGCUUCGUGCAGCUGCCUCGCAGAUCCUACUUCCAUUGACCGUAUCCAACAAGUGUGGACAAGCAUUUCGAUGGCGGCGCAACAAAGUGUGGCAACCUCUGCCUGCUUCCACAACGAGCGCCAACGGUAGCGGCGCACCUCACGAAGAGCAGAUCGAAUGGUCUCUAUGUCUCUCCGAUCGAGUGGUGCUGCUGCGUCAGGACGAGCAUCGCGGAUUCAUCUACCACCGGACGUUGCUUCCAUCAAGCGACGAUUCGGAAAGCACGAACAUGGAAGCAAGCGGAGAGACCGUUCGCUGGCUCACAGAUUAUCUCAGCCUCGACGUUCCUCUCGAGUCGCUGUACGCCGAGUGGUCGGAAAAAGAUCCGGUGUUCGCGCGCUUCGCAACACGAUUCUCUGGUCUGCGCAUGUUGCGGCAGGACCCGUGGGAGUGUCUCUGCGCGUUCGUCUGCAGUUCCAACAACAACAUUGCUAGGAUCGGCCAGAUGGUGCAGAAUCUGUGCACGCACUUCUCACCGGUGAUGUUGGAACACUCGUAUCCUGCGCCGCCUCCGGCUGUCAAGGUGGAAGAGGGAGAUGCAGAGCAAGGCGAAGUGAGGAUAGCGUUCCACCCAUUCCCGCCACCGGAAGCGUUGGCGAAGCCAGGGGUGGAAGAAAAACUGAGGGAGUUGGGCUUUGGAUACCGGGCAAAGUAUCUUGCGCGAACAGCGCAGAUGCUGUGCGAACAACACGGUGGUGAUGGCGAGUCGGGACCGAUUCGAGAGAAGCUAGCCCAGCAUCUGGAUGAGAAGCACUGGUUGUACGGGAUCAAACCUGAAGAAGACUUCCGUAACCAGCAGCUAUCGCCGCCGCUUUCAGCCGACGAAGGGUAUCCACCACAAGAACCCUUGGAACCGGCCAGGAAACGUGUUCGACAAACCCGCCGAAGCACCACCAAGUCCUCACCCGACGCCACCUCUGCUUCAGCACCCGAACCAGCCCCAGCACGAUUCACAUCAGUACGAUCGUACCUGCAGCACCUCCGCACCCUCGCCUACCGCUCCGCCCGCGAUCACCUCAUCCAAUUCCCCGGCGUCGGGCCCAAAGUCGCCGACUGCAUCCUCCUCAUGUCUCUGGAUCAAGCCUCCUCGAUCCCCGUCGACCGUCACGUCUUCCAGUUCGCCGAAAAGUGGUACAAGCUUCGAACCAAAAAGUACGAGGACAUCGCCGACUACUUCCGCGACCUUUGGGGCGACUACGCGGGAUGGGCACACAGCGUGCUUUUCACGGCGGAUCUGAGGUCUUUUGCAGAUUACAACAAGGGGAUCGGGAAGAAGGAGGAGAAAGUGGAAAGUGGUGGAGGAGAGUUCUGGGGUGAUGGAGAGGGUGCGGGGUAUAUGACUCCGCCGAGCAGUCAGAGUGUGGUGAAGGAAGAGAUGGAGGAGAAGCUGCAGGCGGUUCAUUCGCCUCCCAGGAUGGCGAUUCCGGAGUUGGUGCCUCAGUCGUUGAAACCGGAGGAUCAGGAGGAGGGCGCGACGUUGGCAGAGAGGAUCAAGAGUCGACCCAAGCGCAAGAGUCGACUCAGCGAGGCUGUCCGAGGAUGA